UAUUGCAACGCGGACAAGACGUAUUUCAGAAUUACGCAGAAGUGGAUAAAAGCUGCUUCUUCAUGACAGCACCUCUACAGGGUUGCAAUAUGGGACGAGGGCGCCUGUGGUGGCCUUUGGUGGUUGUGGUGAUGGCAGGUGUUUUGAUGGCCAAUACUGUUAUGGCUGCACCCGAGCCAGUGGAGGAAGUUGUAGUUUCAGUUGACACUGCCAAGUCAGUUAAAGUUGUCGAUGAACGAUUCCUCAGCCUAACUAUUGAUCCAGCCAUGUUGUUAUUUGGAAAGGAAUUUAGUUCUGGGAAUAUGAGGACCCUACGCAUGGCAAGAGGCCUUGCUCCAGCAUACCUGAGACUUGCAGGACCUGACAGCAACCACUACCAUUUCCAGAGGUCUCUCAUGAAUGGAGCUCCUCAUGACAACUACACUAUCACAGAGGUACACUGGAUUGAUCUGAACCACUUUGCUCGUGAGGCUGGACUGGAUCUGGUUGUGUGUUUGAACAUCCUAGAAAGAUCUGAUGGUGUGUGGGACUCGAGGAACAGCCUGCAUCUUGUUUCUUUCUCCAAUGAAAUGGGUUAUAAUGUUUCGUGGCAGCUUGGUUAUGAACUACAAGAGCUAGGGGUGGACAUAUCAGCAGCCCAGUUUGGGCAAGAUGUAGCUAAACUCAGGCACCUCCUGAAUACCUUCCCACGGUAUCGACACUCCCUCAUCCUAGGACCUGACAUUACAAAAUUCAAAAAGCAGCAGGAUGUGGAUUUUCUGAUCAACUACCUUCAUGAGGGAGGCUCAGCUCUAGAUGGCAUCACUUGGCACCCGGAAUUCACUCAGCGGAAGAGUAACUUGACAGUUGAAUCUGAGGAUGUGGAAGCAACAUUGGAUCAGCUGAUAUUUGGCAAGGAUAUGCUGAGUAAGAUUCUAGAAAUAUCUGCAACCAAAAAGCCAUUGUGGAUUGGAGAUGGACAGAGGGAAAGUUCUCAGGGAUGGUUCCUGGAUGCCCUAACAUGGGCAGACAAGCUUGGGGUUGCUGCACUGAUGGGAGUGCAAGUCAUCAUGCGGCAGCCUGACCUCCAUGGACUCUUUACACCUACACCAGACUACUGGGUCUCGCUGGUACAUAAGGCCCUGGUUGGGAGAGUUGUUUUGGAUGUGAAGCAAAGCUACAACACCAACAGCCAUAUUCAUAUGUUCUGCCAUUGUACACACCAUUACACAACUUGGCUGUUUGGGGAGGCAGUCAGCUACAAGCAUGGGGCCAUCACGUGCUUCGGCAUCAACCACUGGAACACCAAGAUCAGGAUAAAUUUGAAGCUUGGUUCCACAGGGCAGAGGAAUGAGGAAGUGCAUCAGUACCUGUUAACAUCUGCUGGAAAUGGACAGAAAUCAAGAGAAACACUUCUGAAUGGAAAACCCUUAAAUCUUGAGGAUGAAGGUAUGUUGCCAGUCCUGUCUCCAGAUAUCCAUCACACAGGACGGAAUAUUAUUGUGACACUCCCUCCUGCUUCCAUUGGCUUCUGGGUACUUCCUGAUGUUAAGGUAAAACCGUGUCUCACAGCUCCAUUUGGCAGCAGAUCAGAGGCAAGUAGCAAAGCCACACAUCACAGUCAGGUACAUUCAGGUGAGGUAAGGGGUGAAUUUACCAAGCAGUACUCAGAUGAAAUUAAAAGGAAACGACAUUCUAAAAAACCUGGAUUAACGGGUAAAAAUAUUACAUUUUCCAGCAAAGACAUGAAAGACGCUAAAUCUACCAGAGAUGUAGAUGAUUUUGAAAGUGGCAAUACAAACGCCAUAGAAGAAUCUGAUGUGAACGUCAAGAGUGAGAACUUUAGGAGGAAAAGGAAUGAUAUAGACAAGGAUGCUCACGGACGGUACAGGAGAUAUGUGUUAGAGAGUGGUAAAUAUAUGAUACCAGGGCUACAGCCUGACUACUUCCAACCAAGCAAUGGAGUCAGCAUAAGAAACCUAAUACGGAGGAGAAACCAGGCAGAGAGAUUGAAGAAACUUGCCAGAACAUCAAAACAGGAUGGUAACAUUCCCAUAAUAUUAAAUGAGCCCCAUCACCAUGUAAGUUUUGAAGAUAUGAAUGACGGAUUUCCGGUGUUCAGUUCUGAUGAAUAUGAUGUCAAUCCAUUCCCAGCAGGUACAAUUUAUAUUCGACAGAGUGGUGAAUCAUCUGAUGAACGUAACCGUGAUUAUGAUUACAUAGACAAAGAUGAGAACAUGUAUGAGGAGGAUGAAAAUGUCUUACCUGAACUAGAAUAUUUUCAUGGACCCGCGGAAUAUUUUGAAAUAUUUCAGAAAUCGGGAGGUGUUGCAGACGAAAAGCUUGUUGGUUAUGGUACUGAGCUUUCUGAAGCUGAAUCCAUUGUAUUAAUAAAAUCAAGUCAACUAGAAGAGGAACAGAGUGGUGAUGAUGAAGAUGAUGAUAAGGUGAUUCAGGAACAGGGCCCAACAGAGGAAGAGGAUCGUAAAACAAAAGCAGCUACAGAUAGCAUGCUCCAUAAAUACUUUUCUGAGACUUACAAACAAGAUUUUAGUGAUGAAGGGGAAGAUUUUGAGACUGUAGGAAAAGUAAGAGAGAAAAAUAAAACAGACUUGAAGAAGGAAAUGAGUAAUAGCAGAAAGGCUGAGGAAAGAAAGAGUGAGUACAGUGAUGAAGUAAUAUCAAAGAUGGCUCACAAUAUAAAUGAAAAUCCUGAUUCUUCUAUUCAUACUGUAAAAACAAAGAAAGCAACCAUUAAUGAUCAUAGUUUACAUAAUAAUGAUUAUGAUGAUGAUGGUUAUGUACCAGUGGAAGAAGUUGAAAUUACAAGAAGAAGCCACAAAAUUAUGGGAACAGCUACUGAAGAUCAUGAUAAAAAUAAUCCUAGCAAUGCCAAAGAAUACUACAAAGAAGGUUCACGCAUUUUCAGAACAAGAAGGCAGGGAAAAGGAAACUCUAAGAAUACCAACCAGAGCUCAGAGGAAGAUGAUCAAGACAGCUAUGAUAAAAUUUUGAACCAUGCGUCAACCAGUGCAUCACAGGGUACUACAAGACAGUCUAAGGGCAGGGCCAGAAAAGUAAGCCAUCGAGUUAUUUAUGGUAACAGUGAUGAAGAUGAUAGUAGUUCAGAUACCAGGAGAAACUAUUCCAAGCAGACAAGCAAAAACAGUGUCACACAAAAGUUGUCUCAGAGGAGAUCCAAAGAUAGAAAUGAACAUGUUGAAAGUGAAUCAGAACCUCGAACACAAUCUCACAAGUACAAUGUCAAGUCAAGGCUGCACAAUCAAGAGACGCUUCAUAAAACUCAGGAAUCUCAUGAGGAAAUUGAUUCUUCCAGCCACAAUGAUGAUGACAUUGAAGAAAAAGUAAUGAAGACUUACUCUAAGAAAAGAAAAUAUGAAAGAACACCAUAUCAUUCUCAGCAGAAUGUAAGUAACAACAAAGUCUACAAAGGCAGUGAAUCAGAUGCUACAAUGAAAGGACAGACACUGACAGAAAAUAUUAAUCCAAGCUACAGAAAGGAAUCAUCAAGAAGAGGACCAAGCAAUGCAUACAGGACAACUGGACAAAGAGCAACACAAAAUAAUGUGUUAUUUGAGGAGCAAGACGGAGAAGAAUCCAACAAAUAUAUGAGGCAAAAUUCAAGAAAAGUAGUAACAAGUAGUGAAUCUGAGGAGAGGUCAGGAAUAGAUGAAGAAGAGGAGGAAGCAACUGAAGCUAAGAUAAAGGCAAAUAAAUCAUGGCAAAGGUAUCAUGCCACAAUGAGACAACCUGCAAGCAACAGGGAACUUAGAUAUCGAGUGAGGAGAGAUGCGGCACCACAGUUGCCAGUGCUGGUAACAUCUGUAGAAAACGGACAAAAGGAGACUGAUGUUCAGAAUAAAGACACAGAAUUAGAGACAGUAUCCGAUCUGACCAAUGCUAAAUUACAAAUCAAGGCUCGAGAUGUCAAAGAGAACAAGCAAUUGGAAACAGCUUCCCAAAAUGUACCCACAGCUAAGAUAAUUAGCUCGAAUGAAGCUCUACAAUGGAACAACACAGUGAAAUCAAACAAAGGAAAUAAUAAACAGAUAGAAGAAGGUGACAGUGCAGAAAAUUAUAUCACUUUAAAGGAAUGUGAAGGAAGCAGUGGCAGUGUACACAAAGAAUGUAAGGAUCUGUCUAAAGAAAUUAAUAAAAAUCCACAACAAAAAAUGAAUGGUAUGUCGCUGGAUAGGGAUAACCAUCAAGAGUCUAAAGGACCACUUUCAAACAGUAAGGUUCUUAACAAUAGAUCACUACAUUACAUGGCAUCAGGACAGCUGCAAAAUGAUGGAUAUGUCAAACAAGUUACUGGUACCAGCCCCAUGUAUAAACCAUCCGAUGACAUCACCAUUAAUGGCAGUACAAAGGUAGGUGCUGAUGAGGGUGAUUUGAUAAUGACGAAUAUUACAACAGAUGUGGAUGGGGCCAAAAAAUUUCACAAGACUGAAGACGAUGCAUUAAACAUGAAGUUGUAUCAGGACCCAGGAACUGCUGUCAUUAGGUUACCCAAGGCUGUUGCAACACACACCAAUCUGCAGCACCGUCCUACAAAAGUGGAUGCUGGAGUGAAUGAUUUAAUUUCAAUGAAAGAAACGCCCAGUAAGAAUAUAAAGAACACAGCUGAGACUGGUGAAAAAAUGGAAAAGAAUGGAGAAUUUAAAGUGGGCACACCAGAGAAAAUGGUUGAAUUUCAACAUGCAGCUGAAAGCAACCACAUUCAAGAAGAUGGAAAACUCUUAAAAGUAGAACAAAGAAGUGCCUUAACACUGCAUGACUUGGUUCCAGCGUCUGUUACUGAAAAAUCUAAUGAGGAAAUGACAGUAUCGGUGCCAGGUGUAAAUGAAUCACAAUGGACUCAGAAUCAAGAAAUAAAUCAGAGUGAACACAGACGGCUGCACUCAUCAGAAGGGCAAGAACCAGAAAAGGAAAGCCUCAGGGAAGAAGUUCAGCAUGAUGGAGAAAGGGAGAGGUUGUCGCAUGAGGAAACUAUGCAAAGAAAUGAAAUAGAAAAUGUGAAAAUACCUUUGGAGGCUGGAAAACAGAGACCUGUAAAAGGUAAAACAUCUUCAGAAGAAGGUAAAUGUGAAACAGUUCCAGAAGUGGCUGAGACACAAUUUGGAAACACUGUUUCAUUUCAGUCAUUAUCAAAUGAUGUAGCUCCUAAGCAGACUUCUCCUAUAAACAGCAAGACUAAUAGUGACAGCUCUGAUGCUACAGCCACAGAACCAUCUGAAUCUCAAGUAAGAAUUGUUAUGAACAAGUUACCAGUUAAUGAUGGUAUUAAAGGCAAUAUUCAUUCCAACAGUAACAGAACUGGUACAAAUGUGCCAAAGUCUAGCCAUGCUCUCAAACUGAAUUCGAAAAAUGUUCAUGAUAAAGUAAUGAAAGCAGAAGAUGAAGUAUUUAAAAUAACAGAUAACAUCAGGGGUUCCAGAAGUGCACAGCAGUCAUUAGCGGAUGGUGAUCCAGACAAUCAUGGCUUGACACAGACUGUUGACAACGUUCCUGAACAAUUCAAGAUAAAGAAUGGAGCUCAGAAGCAGCAUCAUAUGCUAGGUGCUGAAGGAGGUUUGAAAAAUAUACCACAUUCUAUGAAAGGCAACGUUGCAGUCUCAUCUGAUGAAAAGGAGACGGAUGGUACUAAUGGCAAGUUAGAAAAUCUAGCGAAAAAUUACAUUGCAGAUGAUGAAGAUGUUUCUGCUGCCUUUGUAAGGAAUGCUAAGCAUACUGGUCACUUGACACCGAUUUCACCUAGAAGAGAAAAGUCACAUAUUCAUCGUGUGGAUAAGGCAAAUGCUCAUACAAGUUUACAUCCAUCUUCAUUAGCCAGAUCAAAUCACAUUAAGGCAGAGUUAGAAAAGAGACGCCUAGAAAGAUUUCAUGCUUUGGCAGCACAUCGUGCCAAACUUAAGGAAGAUCUUCUGAAGAUUAGGGCUAUGGCUGCAGAAGGAAAGUUGAAACUGCCACAUCAUAUAAUACGUCGUGACACAACACAAGAUGAAAAUACAGAGUCACUAAUGUCUGACAAUGUUCUAGAUGAUGCAAGUGACCAUGUAAAGUUACAGCUACCUACAGUCACUAAGACAGAAAAAAUUAAAGCAGAACUGGAAAAGAAACGCCUAGAAAGGCUUCAUGUUCUGGCAGCACAGCGUGCCAAACUUAAGGAAGACCUUCUGAAAAUGAAGGUUAUGGCUACAGAAGGAAAGUUGAAACUGCCGCAUCAUAUAAUACGUCGUGACACAACACAAGAUGAAAAUACAGAGUCACUAAUGUCUGACAAUGUUCUAGAUGAUGCAAGUGACCAUGUAAAGUUACAGCUACCUACAGUCACUAAGACAGAAAAAAUUAAAGCAGAACUGGAAAAGAAACGCCUAGAAAGGCUUCAUUUUCUGGCAGCACAACGUGCUAAACUUAAGGAAGACUUUCUGAAAAUGAAGGUUAUGGCUACAGAAGGAAAGCUGAAACUGCCACAUCAUAUAAGGCGCCGUGACACAACACAAGAUGAAAAUACAGAGCCACUAAUGUCUGACACUGAAUCCACAGAGUUUCAUCCACUAAUGUCUAUCAGAAAUGAAGACAGAAAGGGUUAUAGUAACAGAGAUAAUCCUUCACUUGGAUCACAGAAUGUUAGAGAGACUGACAGUGAUCUGAGCUCACACAAACAAGAAAGAAAUGACAAACACUUCCCUCAAGAUACACACAGUUGGCUGGAACAGGUGUUCCUUCCAGUGGCCAUGGUAACGGAUCAGAGGGAUGUUGAGAUACCAGCAUUUGAUAGUCAGCAGGUUUACAAACCUCCACAUGAUUCAGAAACCGAGAUCCUAGCAAGGAAUUAUGUUUCAGGAAGUGAAUUAGUUCAUGUUCCCAACCAUGAAGGCAAAGCUUUGGUUGAAGAAUCUAAAAUUUUAAAUUCUGCAACCAGCCCAUUUUUCAUGUUUUAUGACAUGGGUCCUAAACAAAAGUAUGUAGAAAGUUUGCUUCAAGAAGGGCAAGGUAAAGAGAGGGAUUCUGGCAAAGAAAAUGUCUCUCAAGAAACCAUUUUAAAUUCCAGUCCUGAUCAAAGAGGGGCUGAAGAUGAGUCUUCACAAGGUCAUUAUGUAGAAAUCAAACAAUUGUCAUUACCAUUUCUUAUUUCAAGAUCUGUUCUUAAAAAAUAUCCUAUGAUGAAACAGUCCAAAAAUAUGCCAAUCAGUGAAAAUGAUAUUCAAUUCAUUUUUGAUUUGGAAACAGAUGAAGCUGAUGAUGAUGUUGGAGAGUUAAUGAGGGAACAAACAGAUAUGUCACCUAUAUUGCGGGUUGCCAAGAGUGACUAUGGGCGUUCUAUUAUGAGACCAGAAGUGAAAGAUGAUGCUUCACUGAGUGAAAAGUGGGAAGAACAGGAUGCUGAGAACACACGAGGGUCAUUGAUGCCAGUUAGUGAAGAAACUGACCCAAACCAUCCAAUAACCUUGAAAGUUGAUCAUCUUCCAGAAGAACUGAAUAAAACUGAUGCUGGCUGGGACAAAAGGCAAGAAAAUGGUAUGAAUAUAGAUGGAUCAAAAUAUGAAAAUAAGAAAUCUGGAGGGAAAUAUUUUAAGUCUUCAAAUAAAAUAAUUCAGAGUUCUCAGUCAUUAAAUGAUGUACUAGAUGAAGUGAACCCAACAACAAUGAGAACACUAAAAACUAUGGAAGACAUUGAAAAAGACAGUGCUGUCUCUAAAAACAAUAUGUUUGGAAAAAAUGCACACAGUAUAACACUUCAAUCAGUAACACAGGAUUUGGGCACAAACUCUGAGUUAAUGCCGGGAUCAGGCAACUCACACAUUGUUCCUAUACGAUCAAAACGUGCAUUAGCUUACCAAUUCAAGGAUAAAUUUAGUGAUGAUUUACUUGACUCAUCAAUAUUGGUGAAUAAGGACAAUUCUGAGAUUGAAGAUAAUAUGAAUGGCAACAAGUACAUCAAUGUCAUUAUGCCAGGGAGUAAAGCACUAUCUUUUUCAAAUGUGACAUCUGAAAAUAACAUAUUAUCUGACAUGAAGAAAUUCAAAUAUAAUUCAGAUAGUAUGCCUGCCAACAGUCUUUAUGUAAGAGAUGAUAAACUGAUCUCAGACUAUGCAUCCAAAGAUCUGAAACCAGUCUCACAUGAGAAGAGAGCAGCAGAUCAGUCACAUCUUGAAAGUUUAGGUAAUUAUUUAAAUGAUAUCAUUAAUGUAGAAACAGAUGAUGACACAGGAAAUAAUAAGCUAGAAGAUGCUCUUAAUGAAAUAUCAGAAGACGUAAAUCUCCAGACAAAUGAGAUUAACAGACGAUUUAGAACCAGUGACAGUUUUGUGAAAUAUAAGCUUGAAAGCAAUAGAAACAAUGGUGACAAUGAACAAAACAUCACUGAAACAAAAAUAAUUCCUUAUGAAUUACACAAACAUGUUCUGAACAGUAAUUAUGCACCAAGACACAGAAAGAUUUGGAAGUAUUUAUAUCUUCCUAAGAAUAAACAUUUAGCAGCAAGCAGUGAAGAACUUCCCAGCAUUGAAUACUUUAACCCUGUAAACAAAACAGGCAACAGAUCCAGUCCUUCUGAUGAGACAAGUCCUGCCAGCAAGGAUAUCUUUAGUGUAAUACUUGGGGAGUUUCCAAAUAUUAGCAGUAAAUCUACAGAAAUUUCAAAAACAUCCUUAUCUAAUAAUACUACCAUUACUGCUGAAGAAACACCAAAGACUGCAACAGAAUUAAAAGAUGUUUCGAAAUUUCCAAUGUCUCGUAAUGUUGUGACCAACACAGACACUGAGUAUGUCACUGAACCAAAUGUUAAAAAGUGGAACAAGGAAAGUUCUCUAAUUUCAGAGACCCAUCCAAAAGAUGAAUUUAAUUAUCCAUUCAGAAGCAUGAAGAGUAUUACUGCUUCGGAACAAAAGCCUGGAGAUUUAGAAACAGUUACAAAUACUAAGGAAAAUUCAGGAUAUUUAGUUAUUAUGGACCAGAACACUGAGCAUAUAGAAACACCCAAAGGGAAAAAGAGAAAUGACAAAAAUCAAGAAGAAAAUAAACAAAUUACAACAACAGGGCAUAUUCACAAAUUCAUUAAAAAUGUAGCUGAUCAUGUUGUUAGGUUCUUUCAUAAACUUUCACCAUGGAACUAUUUUAGGUACUGACAUAAUUAGGUAAUUGGCAUGUGUAGAUAUGUAUAAUACUUAAUGCUCACAAUUACUUGAAAAGCAUAUGAUGAAUUUAUAACAGGCAAAUGGUUCUCAAGGAAUGGUAAUUAUAGUGACCAUUACGGUAGCUAGUUAUGAAUACUUUGUCAGACAAUGAAGAAGUAGUUCCAACCUUUGAUUUAUUUUGUAGUUUAUGUAAAAGGUUUACUGCCUUUCUAAAUGUAAAUUAAUCCAGCAAUAUUUUCAUUCUGUAUUAUUAGAGAAUAAUUUCAACUUGUAUUAAUAAUAAUAAUAAUAAUAAUAAUAAUAAUAAUUUGUCCAUGUCAUUUUAUCAUUGUUAAAAACAUUUGUUAAUAAAAAUCCCAGUAUUUGAUUACAACUUUUUUUUUAUUUUGAAAUAAACCUUUCCUCCACCACAUUACAGAUAUUUGUGUACAUAUUUUCAGUAAAGUGGCAAAACCUGCAUCUUGUGCUCUGAUUAAGAACGCAGGUAACGUUGUUCCACGCCCACCGUAUAUCAUGACAGCUCGGUGUGUUGCUGCAUAGUACCCAUAGUUUUGGAGAUUUGAAAUUCUUGCAGUAAUGAGUAUUCAGAUCAUCAUCUGAGAUGUGGUGCUAUGUAGUUUGGUACAGAGGAACCAGCAUUAAGAGAACUGUUGCCUCCACAUACAAAUAUUUCAGAGAAAUUUAUUGUCUCCAUCUUAUACCCUGAAGAUGGAGGCAGC